GUUAGUCCCUGGUCUUGAGAGGGUCCCUGUUGUUGUGACUGUCGAUUUUUGGACAAAACUCUUCUGUUUACAUCUGUCCCCCUGUGUUUAUGACAAAAUUGUUUACAACUGGAAUAACGUUUUACAGAGAGGCUGUGCUUCUCCUGGACCAACGACACUCUGAAACUCAGUGAAAUCUUUGUUUUAUGUGCUGGAGAAGUGUUGGUGGCAGUGGUGGAUCGAUCCAUCAGUGCAAGGAAUAGUGUGUUUGCUAGUACUUCUACAGGCUCUCUCAGCAUGAUACCCAUUACCAGUGAAACAAACCUAAAGUGAUUUAGGUUCGGGGGGAUAAGUAGCUGGGUGGACUAAGCCACGGAACAACAUGACUGACCAGGGUCGUCAUUUCCCAAUCUUUGACAUGGAGUCAUUGGAGGAUGAACGGGCUGCCAGGCUGUUGUUUAUAGCUUGCGACAAGGAUAGAGAUGGGUUUAUUACCAGGCGUGAUCUGGCCUCUCUAGUUCAAGAGUUGGGCUUGAACGACUCCGUGGAUGAUUUGCUGAUUCAGUUGGGCGCGGGCUCGAGUGGAAGAAUUUCUUGUCCCGAAUUCCUGAGUCGGAGAAGCAAAUUGUAUCCUUGGACGGACCUGGUUGACACCACUGACCGCCGAUCUGAUGAGGGAGUGGUCAGCCAAGAAAACAGUCUGGAAAAACGAAGACACAAUAUUGGGGCUGACGAGCUUUUGCGGAGAAAGUGGAACGAAAUCACAUCACCGGAUGGAAAAUUCAGAUCUUUAAGUGCUGCUAAUCCUCAAGAUCGCCGAUUAGACCUGGAUUCUCUGACCAACUCUAUCCAUAUGUCUGCUCUGGGCUCAUUGCAACGAGAAAUUGAAAGUCUCUCACGUCGUCUCCAAGAAGUGGAAUUGGAACGAGAUAACCUCAAAAGGUCCAUGAUAAAUAAUGGUACUCGAUCAUCAUCCACUACUUUGGACGAUAAUCUUCAGGACGAUUCAACGCUAAGUAAUGAUGAACUAGAACUUCAAUGUCAAAGAUACGAAGAGAGGAUGGUGGAACUGCACUCGGUUAUUGCCGAACUCACACGUAAAUUGCAAUCUCAAGAAGACGAUGUCAUCCGUGAAGAGUCUGAAUUUGAAGACACUCAAAGCAUCGUGACCGACUCAUGUGCCGAAGACGAUGAGUGCAAUGAUGGCGAGGACGAAGAUUACAACAGCCUAGCGUUUGAGCGCGAUUUAGAGCGAAACGCCCUCUUUCGGCACAACAGAAAUCCCGGAGGAGGAGGCGUGUCCCGAAACAGCCGGAUCUAUGGGUCGUCUUCAUCAGAUUCGUUCAGCGCCGAGCGCGCCGAGUACGAGGCCGAGAUUUCGAGGCUUCAUGAGAAGAUCAAGGAAUCUCAAGAAGAAAGCCAGAAAUUGACCGAUGAGCUCUGUGAGCGUGAACGACACCUGGUCGAGCAACAAUUGGUCAUCGAUCAACUCCAAUUGGAGCGGGAUGCCUUCAAAAGGCAAGUGGACGACAUCAAAACCACAGUUGAGUACCAAGAGGCGCGUAUGGAUCGACGAAGCGCCCACGCUUUAGGUGCGUCCACGGGCUCACCCCUUCAUUCCACGUCCUCGGGUCGGUCUUCGUCCGAGCGAAGAAGUCUUCGAAGGAAACGGCACGAUAAGCAUGCAGCGAUAUCAGGCGUUCUGUCCGGCCCAUCUACCCGAGAAUCCACUCCAAUGUCAUCCUGUUCAAGAGAACCUCUCAGAAAUACCAAUAAGGCCAUUACGGCAAAUCCCGAUGAAAAUCAAGUUCGUGAGCUCAAAAUGGAACUGGAAAGAGCCACUUCCAAAAUGGAGCAUUUGCGGUCGCAAAACGAGGUUCUGACGUUGACCUUGGAGGAUUCCAAAUCCCUGACCGAUCGCCUUACCGUUCUCCUGGGGAAAUAUGAAUCCAACGCAGGUGCUCUGCAAUUGGGCCUCAACUACUGUGAUCAUAUGGUCGAGUCCUAUGACGUCCUCGUGGCUCUUUUAGAGACGGAGGCCGACAUUUUAGGUUGUCAGGACCCAGAAAAGAAACGUCAAGCCAGAAAUAACCGGAAAUCGGCCGAAAUCGUGGCCCGACAUCUCGUGUCGCGAGUAGAUAAGUCUUUGAAUCGCUCAGAUUCAGGCAUUCAAACGAGCCAUCAUUUGGAUUCUUCGUUGCCGUGGGAAGAUUCCUCCGGUUACAGUCAAACUACCAGCUCCACCAGCACGACAUCCUCUUGCCUGAUGGGAAUGGGAAGUUCAGGAGGAGGAGGAGGAGGUGAUGACUUUGGUAAGAGCGAUGAAAGUCGACUCCGUGAUCACAUUUCGUCCCUCAAAUCCAUCCGGGCCUCAAUUCAGAACUCUAUCGUUGAAUUAGAGCCACUUCAUCACGAUCCCGACCUUCCUCUGUUGACGACAUCCUCAUCCGGGACGUCCACACGCAGGACCUUGAAAGAGUCCAAAUCCCACGUAGACCUCGAGCACGCUGUCCUUCAGCAGGAGCUAAUGGCUAGUCGAGAAGAAAAGGCCGACCUGAGGGCCAAGGUCUACCUUUUAGAGAAGGAAAAGACCAACAUGGAUCUGAUCAUGGCAGAUCGGAUCUCAAUCGAGCAAAUGCUCCGGACCCACAUACAACAUCUUCAAGAGGAGCUUGCUCAAGUGGAGCGGGGAUUUCAAGGUUCCGCCCACCUCAUGUCGGACAAGAGUACUCGAGAAUCUCAACUCAAGCAAAGAGUUGAGAGCCUUCUAGCUACCCUGGACAAGAUAUCCAAGAAUGGGGAGCUACGCCAGAAGCAGUCCCAGGAUUUGAUGGAUGAUCUGAAACGGGCCAACAGCACCCUUACCGAGGCCUUGGAUAAAAACAAGAAGAAAUAUUUGUCCAAACUCAGACGAAUGGAGCAGCAAAUGGUGUCGGUGAUGACGGAAAAAUCCGAGAAAUCCUCCACUCGUCGGUGUCCCUCCGCCUCCACAGUCACGGCCAGUGUGAAAUCCUCCAUUCCGACUCCCAUCCAGAAGUCCCAGUGAUAUUAUCAGCCAAACCAAUUAACCGUUCCUCAUCAAAGCGCUGCCCUUCGGAUCAACUGAUGAAUCGUAGUGUUACCCUGGCGUGUUGUACAAAAGGCGCACAAUAUGACACAGCAGUAUUGAAUAACACUUUUGCAGUGUGUUGACCUAUAAAGUCAAAAGAGAGAAAUAUAUCCUACUUUAUCAGGCUAAA